UCCCCGUGGAUACCGGCGCGCUAGGAGCCGACUGGCGCUGGCUGCGCGCGCUCUUCGCUGCCGGUGCGUCUCGUCCUCCCCUCUCCCGAGCACGGGGCCCCGGCGGCCGGAGAGUGCGUGCUUCCCUCCCGCCAGCACGGUUUGGGCUCGGCUGGGCGGAGUCCGGCGCUGGGAUCGAGGAUGAGGAGCUGCUGCAGGCGAGAUUAACACUUUGGAGCCAAUUUUGUAAGGCCUGAUUGAACCUUGAAGUAAUGUGGACAAAAGUUCGCAGAGUUGCAUAUUAUAUCAACUGGAACCAGCAGUGAAUCUUAAUGUUCACUUAAAUCAGAGCUUGUAUUAAAAAAGAGAAUGGGAGUCUGCUUAAAUAAAGAUGCCUAUAUCAGAGACUUGAAAAGGAUCGGUUUCUGUUUUCUGAUAGUGUAUAUGGCCAUUUUAGUGGGCACAGAUCAGGAUUUUUAUAGUUUACUUGGAGUGUCCAAAACUGCAAGCAGCAGAGAAAUAAGGCAAGCUUUCAAGAAAUUGGCAUUGAAGCUACAUCCUGAUAAAAAUCCGAAUAACCCAAAUGCACAUGGUGACUUUUUAAAGAUAAAUAGAGCAUAUGAAGUACUCAAAGAUGAGGAUCUUCGAAAAAAGUAUGACAAAUAUGGAGAAAAGGGACUUGAAGAUAAUCAAGGUGGCCAGUAUGAAAGCUGGAACUAUUAUCGUUACGAUUUUGGUAUUUAUGAUGAUGAUCCUGAAAUCAUAACAUUAGAAAGAAGAGAAUUUGAUGCUGCUGUUAAUUCUGGAGAACUGUGGUUUGUAAACUUUUACUCCCCAGGAUGUUCACACUGCCAUGAUUUGGCUCCUACUUGGAGAGACUUUGCCAAAGAAGUAGAUGGAUUGCUUCGGAUUGGAGCUGUUAAUUGUGGUGAUGAUAGAAUGCUUUGCCGAAUGAAAGGAGUCAACAGUUAUCCCAGCCUCUUCAUUUUUAGAUCUGGAAUGGCUGCAGUGAAGUAUCAUGGAGACAGAUCAAAAGAAAGUUUAGUGAAUUUUGCCAUGCAGCAUGUUAGAAGCACAGUGACAGAACUAUCAACAGGAAAUUUUGUUAACUCCAUACAAACCGCUUUUGCUGCUGGUAUUGGCUGGCUGAUCACUUUCUGUUCCACCGGAGGAGAUUGUUUGACUUCACAAACACGACUGAGGCUUAGUGGCAUGUUGGAAGGUCUAGUUAAUGUAGGAUGGAUGGACUGUGCCACUCAGGACAACCUUUGUAGAAGUUUGGAUAUCACAACGAGUACUACUGCUUAUUUUCCUCCUGGAGCCACUUUAAAUAACAAAGAGAAGAACAGUGUUUUGUUUCUUAAUUCAUUGGAUGCUAAAGAAAUAUAUUUGGAAAUAAUACAUAAUCUUCCAGACUUUGAAUUACUUUCAGCAAACACACUAGAGGAUCGCUUGGCACAUCAUCGAUGGCUCUUAUUUUUUCAUUUUGGAAAAAAUGAAAAAGAUGAUCCUGAGUUGAAAAAACUGAAAACUCUGCUUAAAAAUGAUCAUAUUCAAGUUGGCAGGUUUGACUGUUCAUCUGCCCCAGAGGUCUGUAGCAAUCUCUAUGUUUUUCAACCAUGCCUAGCUGUGUUUAAAGGACAAGGAACCAAAGAAUAUGAAUUUCAUCAUGGAAAGAAGAUUCUAUAUGAUAUACUUGCCUUUGCCAAAGAAAGUGUUAAUUCUCAUGUUACUACACUUGGACCUCAGAAUUUUCCUGCCAAUGACAAAGAACCAUGGCUUGUUGAUUUUUUUGCCCCUUGGUGUCCACCAUGUCGAGCUUUACUGCCAGAGUUAAGAAAAGCAUCAACUCUUCUUUAUGGUCAGCUCAAGUUUGGUACACUAGAUUGUACAAUUCAUGAGGGACUCUGUAACAUGUAUAACAUUCAGGCUUAUCCAACAACAGUGGUAUUCAACCAGUCCAACAUUCAUGAGUAUGAAGGACAUCAUUCUGCAGAACAGAUCUUGGAGUUCAUAGAGGAUCUUAGGAAUCCUUCUGUGAUCUCCCUUACACCUACCACAUUCAACGAACUAGUUAAGAAACGAAAAUAUGAUGAAGUUUGGAUGGUUGAUUUCUAUUCUCCAUGGUGUCAUCCGUGUCAAGUAUUAAUGCCAGAAUGGAAAAGAAUGGCUCGGGCAUUAACUGGACUGAUCAAUGUGGGCAGUAUAGAUUGCCAGCAGUACCAUUCUUUCUGUACUCAAGAAAACGUUCAGAGAUAUCCUGAGAUAAGAUUUUUUCCCCAGAAAUCAAAUAAAGGUUUUCAGUAUCAUAGUUACAAUGGUUGGAAUAGGGAUGCUUAUUCCCUAAGAAUCUGGGGUCUGGGAUUUUUACCUCAAGUGUCCAUAGAUUUAACACCUCAAACUUUCAAUGAAAAAGUUUUACAAGGGAAAAACCACUGGGUGGUUGAUUUCUAUGCGCCUUGGUGUGGACCGUGCCAAAAUUUUGCUCCAGAGUUUGAGCUCCUGGCUAGGUUGAUUAAAGGAAAAGUGAAAGCUGGAAAGGUAGACUGUCAGGCUUAUGCUCAGACAUGCCAGAAAGCGGGUAUCAAAGCUUAUCCAACUGUGAAACUUUUUCUCUAUGACAGAACAAAGAGGAAUAUUUGGGAAGAACAAAUACAUUCUAGAGAUGCAAAAGCAAUUGCUACCUUAAUAGAUGGAAAAUUGGAAACUCUCCAAACUCAAGGAAAGCGAGAUAAGGAUGAACUUUGAUAUUGAAGAUUAAGAAAAACGAACAGAAAUUCCAAUAGAUGACAUCUGAAGACACUUUUUUGGAAUGUUACUACAUUCAUGGUGGAAAUAAACAUUAUCUUGGUUUGUAACUACACUCCGAAUUCUGUACAACAUUAGGAGAAAUGGUUUGCAGACUUGUUCUGUAAAGGGCCAGAUCAUAAGUAUUUUAGAUUUUACAGACCAUUCUUUGUUGUGCAUUCUUCUUUGUUGGUGAUUUAUUUUUUUAACAACCUUUGAAAAAUAGAAACCAUUCUUAGCUCAGUGCCAUACAAAAACAGGCCCCAGGCCAAAUUUAGUCCAUUGGCCGUAGAUUGCUGUCCCCUAACAAUGACGUUUUGGGUGUCUGGUUCCACCACAAGCCUUCUCUGCUGUUGUCUACAUACAUGUCUAAGAUAUACAAAGUGAACUUUUUCACUGGAAGUUUUGUGACUGGCCUAAAAAGAGGUAACUUGACUUUCAGUCACCUGUUGUAAAAAUUCUGACUAUAUUUUUUAUUUUAAAAAUGCUCAUACUGUUACAAAAUAAACAGAUACAUCCAUUUCAUGCUAUGUUAACAGAGAUUCUUUGUUUUUCUUUCACUUAAAAAAGUUUAAGAAAUACUGCUAAAUUUUCAAGUUGAGUACUUUUUUGCAAGAGUAAAUGCAUGUAUGAUUGCUGUGUCAUCGGAAGUAAAUGUAAAGCAAUUAAUUGGGCAUUGUAGAGUAUCACGAAUAUAUCAAACUAGAGUUUAUAUUUUAAAGAUAAAUGUGUUCACUUAUUUUCUGAAAUUGCUUUCAUAAAAAUGUUCCUUAUACAAUUGUUGGUUUUUGUAGCAUCUUUCUAAUAUUUAUAUUUUUACCAUCCAGACCUUGUGUUUCUACCUGUGUCUUAUUGGACUAGGACUGUAAACUAAAAAUAAUCUCUCUGCUGUUCACAUAAGAAAAAUAAUUUAAUUUUAUAGGAUUGUUUCACUGUAGCUUAUGAUGAGACAGGGGUUAUUCCACUUUUAGUUUACUGUCAGGCUGCCUUUUUCAGAUUAAUAUUGCAUAGUAAGUUAUUUUUGUAAAAAAAAAUCAAGUAUAUACAUCCAGGAAGGGGGUUCUAAUUUGUUCAGACUCCAAAAAAAAUCAUAGAAGUAUUUCCUUACAUUUUAACACAAUUGUGAGUAAAAUAUAG